AUGGCACCAAUCACAAGUCCUCUUAAAAUCACCAACCUUGAAGAUGGAGAGACAAUUCAUCAACGCUGCCUUCUUGUCACCGGAACGUAUGGCUUCGAAGCCGCUGAAGGAAGUUACAUCCACGUGACUACCAAAGCAGCAAACAAAUCCGAAAACUUCCCAGAGCAGACAUGGCCUCUAGCAGGCGGCCAUUUCAAGGCCAUGGUCAUGCUCUCGCCAGGAUUGAACAGGCUCGAAUUCGCCUACAUCUGUAACGACUGCAUCGAACAUACUGUUGAGACGAACGUCAAUUACUGGCCUCUGAUGCAGUAUCCACCUCUCCACCUCGCAAUCAUGGUUGCUUCUGACUCGCCGUGUCUCAUGGAUUGUCCUCCUAACAAGGCUGCUGGUGUAUCUUCAGCACAUUCGGACUUGGAUGCUGCCAUUGCCAAGCUUCGUAUGACUGCGUACAUGUGGCAAGCCAUGACUGCCGAAGAUUUGAGACAAAAAGGUAUUGGAAGGCGCUCCUUUAGAUUAGAGGAGGAAUGGACUGCAGACACUGUUAGUCGGGAGUUUACCAAUGCGCGCAUUGGCCAAACUCUCGCACAGGACGAUGCUAUACGGUCUACAGCCAAGAUUCACAUCAUCCGCUCCUCCAAGACAGUCAAGGAGAUUCGCGACGAGAACAUCGCACAGCAGAAUGAAAGAGCUCGCACCAAGGGCGCCGUUUUCGACUAUUUCAAGGAAGCGUUGACAGAUGCUGGAGGUCCGUUCGUUCCUGAUGCUCAGCCUAUAGUAGCUGGCCUGAUCUUAGACUCUCACUACAGCAAGUCCAAGGAUCUUAUUCUCGGACACGCCGCCCUUGGUUGCCAUGAUCAGCGUGGUAUAUCAUUGGGCAUAUUUGGAAGCCACUUGACCUACUCUUGGCCACGCUUUCUAGAAGAAGUUACCAGCUGUUUGACCGACACCCGCAAGCCUGGAGAAAAGGUGGGUAACGACAACGGACAGUGUACUACCUUAUGGGAAGCCUGUGCAAUUGGACAGGGUGCUCACAUGCAUGAAGUCGGUCAUGCAUUCGGCUCGCCGCAUCGCCCUGGUAUUAUGGAGCGAGGCUACGCCCAAGACUGGGUCAAGAACUUUGUCUCUCAAACCGCAUACUCGCGCUACCUGAAGCAAGAAGGCGUAGUCGUUGACCCGGAAAACACACCCAACAACGCACGCUGGGACCUAGCAGAUGCACUCUCCUUCCGCAUGCUCCCCCAUUUCCGCCUCCCAACCGACCCCAUCCUCCCCGAAACCACUCGCAAAGCAAGGCCAGACGUGAGCAUAACUCACAAUGACGAAGGUGGUCCCGCAAUCCUCCACAUCAACUCACCCAGCGGCAUCGCACGCAUAACCUUCAACAACACCGAGCACUCACAGCCCGAAGAAUGGCUCAACAACGCCCCCACAACCAUGCAAUUCACCGAGUCAGAACUCGACGAGCGCUUCACCCGCACCUCGCCCCUCGCUCUCCGCAUCCUCGCCUCCAACGGCCGCGAAACCACCACAGCAAACGUGUGGAAACUCCUCGCCAGCAAAUCCUUCAUCCGCAUCCCCGGCUCCAGCAUCGUCCUCCGCAAACACCUCGCAUACACUUCCUCCGACUCCUCCGACCGUUACCGUCCGCGCGACCCCUACGAAUGGGCGCAGCUCCUCCGCGAACGCGGCGCAGACGGGAAGUUGCACCGCGCCGUGUCGAUUGACCUGCGCGUCGGCUGUCUCUGGGACGGCGGUGUAGUCAAGUACGCGGACGGCCAUGUGUCUCACUGGGGUCCAAUGCGAACGUACGGUUCCACCCACCAUUUCGGCGGCCACGCCUCCGAAAAGAUAAGGCUACCUGAGGGCGUCGAAAUUACCUCUAUUCAAGUUAACCCCGACGAUGGCGUCCGCGUGCAUUUGUCGAAUGGAGACAGCAAGGGUGAACUCAAUACGGAAGAUGAAAGUGAAAUCAUCGAGGUUAAACCCGCCCAAGAUGAAAUCGUCGUGGGCUUUUUCGGCAAGAGUCGCCGUGAUGGUGGGUUCAAUGGCGUAUGCGAAUUUGGCCUCAUCACCGUGAAGAGGGAGGUAGGCUGGGACGGCUUGCCGGAUGAAGUCUUUGGACUUGUUGAAGUGAGAAAUACAGCGGGAUUGGAGGAUGGGGAGCAGGAUGAUGCGCAGACGGAUGAUGACGAGGAUGAAGACGAAGACGAAGAUGAGGAUAUGCAGGAUUGA